ACUAAGUUGUGGGUAGGUGAGCAGGAAGCCUGCAUUCCCUGUUUUCAUGUGGCAUGUGAAUACAACAUCAUUAUAGACCGUUUUGACACGAUUUUCGCUUAGCUUCCCCAGCGCGUUAUCACGCUGCUGUGUGAGAGAGCAUAAUCCCAUUUUGACAGAGCACGUCCUCACACGGAGGAGAUGUGUUAUAACGUAAAAUAGUGUCGGGCUUAAAAAUAAUGUCAUUAAGGCAGAUUUAUUUUGACCUGAAAUAGCCUCUGGAUUCAUUUCAUGGGGAUAUAAAUACUCUAUAGAUACAGCCAAUUCAUUUCGACAAAGACUUUCUUUUGGACAUAUUCGACAAGAAACACUUUAACAGUAGUCUAUCAGCUUUCCAAAAGAAUGAAUAAGUGUUAGCUCUCCUUCCAGUGUUUCCAUGCAACAGCGCAGGCGGCCGUGAAGCCACUGAGCACACGGAGGGAUAGAUGCUGUUGCAAAGAGCGACGGCACUGUAGAUGUAGUUGGGGGUCUGUGUAAGAACCCUGAGCGCCUUUUUUUAACCCAAUGGAGCGACAAGAUGAUGGAGAUGAACCGGUCGGGAGCUUGAACCACCACGACAGUGCAGAGGAGCCCGGUUCUCCACCGCUGCCUCGUAAGCUCUCAGGCAACCUGCAGCAGGAGGACCCCGCCAUAAUGAGGAGGAAUGACAACUACCUGCCAGUCCCUGGCGAGGAGAAGAAUUUGGAUGCUGACUUCAAUGCCAAGGCCAGGAGCAGCGAGUCCAUACCAAUGAAAAAUCUCUAUGGGGAUGAUGUCUCACCACUGUAUCCACGGCUAGGACCAUACUUGUCUGAUGGACGGCGGCGGGUGGACUAUGUGCUGGCAUACCACAUCCAGAAGCCCAGCAGCGUCCGGCGUCGGUCAUCCAGAUUUGCUGACAACAGCUUCAUCCGACGGCUUCGCCGCAGCCUGAGCAUGAGAGGCAGCCAAGCUCCACUGCAGCCAAAGGAGGAUCCAGAGAUCGCUGCUCAGGAGCAACGGACAGACUAUCAUGAGGACGACAAGCGCUUCAGACGGGAGGAGUUUGAGGAAAACCUUCUGGAGACGGGUCUGGAGCUGGAAAAGGAUGAAGGGAGUAAGAUCCCUGGAAUCGGCUUCUUGAAGAUCCAUGCUCCUUGGAACAUUCUGUGUAGAGAGGCUGAAUUCAUGAAGCUCAAGAUGCCAACAAAGAAGGUUUACGAUGUGAAACAAGGCAGUAAUCUGGUCGAGAAAAUUCGACUGUUUAUUCACAAAGUCACAGCUCCACUCCAUCCAAAAGUAGAUGCCAACAGACCGCAAAGCGUCAAAUCCCUCUCUCAUCCUUUCUCCAGGGAGAAGCAGCACCUGUUUGAUCUGUCUGACAGGGACAAGUUCUUUGACAGCAAGACCAGGAGCUCGAUUGUUUAUGAGGUGCUGAAGAGGACAAGAUGCACCAGAGCCAAGUACUCCAUGGGGAUCACCAGUCUACUAGCCAAUGGUGUCUACAUGUCCGCUUAUCCCCUGCAUGACGGAGAUAUUGAGGGGGUAAAUGCAGAACCUAAUGACAGGAAGCUGCUGUAUGAGGAGUGGGCCAGCUACAGUGUCUUCUACAAAUACCAGCCCAUUGGACUCAUCAGGAAGUAUUUUGGGGAGAAGAUUGGACUGUAUUUUGCCUGGUUAGGAGUCUACACACAGAUGCUGAUCCCUGCAGCCAUCGUUGGAGUCAUUGUAUUCCUGUAUGGCUGUGCCACUGUUGAUGAUAACAUACCUAGUAUGGAGAUUUGUGAUCCCAGGAACAACAUCACCAUGUGUCCGCUGUGUGACCGUGCCUGCAGCUACUGGAAGCUGAUGACAGCGUGUGGUACAGCCCGAGCUAGCCACCUGUUUGACAACCCAGCCACUGUCUUCUUCUCCAUCUUCAUGGCCCUCUGGGCGGUUCUCUUUAUGGAGCACUGGAAGAGACGACAGAUGCGACUCAACUAUAUCUGGGACCUGACAGGAUUUGGAGAGGAGGAGGAGGAGGAACAUAAGGACCACAACCGAGCAGAGUAUGAGUUCCAGGUCAUGCAAAAGACAAUGAGACUGGAACAUUCAACCCCAAAGGGUGAGAAGGUGAAGCUGACGUGUACAGACAGACUGCCAGCUUACCUGACUACUGUGGUCACGAUGUGCUUCAUGAUUGCUGUGACGUUUGCCAUAGUCUUUGGGGUCAUCCUGUACCGGAUUAGCAUUAAGGCUGCCCUGCACAUAAGCAACUACCCUGCAGCACGGUCCAACAUCAGAGCCACUGUCAAAACCACUGCCGCCAUCAUCAACCUCAUCAUUAUCAUCAUCUUAGAUGAAAUCUACGCCGCCAUAGCCCGUUGGCUCACCACACUGGAGGUUCCAAAGACAGACAAGAGCUUUGAAGAGCGCCUCAUCUUCAAAACUUUUAUCUUGAAGUUUGUGAAUGCCUUCACACCCAUUGUCUAUUUGGCCUUUUUCAGGGGCAGGCUUGUUGGGCGGCCUGGAAACUACUUGUAUGUUGUUGGAUCAUACAGAAUGGAAGAGUGUGCCCAUGCAGGCUGCCUCAUGGAGCUGUGCAUCCAGCUGUGCAUCACUAUGCUAGGCAAGCAGCUCAUCCAGAACAACCUGUUUGAGAUUGGCAUACCGAAGCUGAAGAAACUGCUUCGGAGGAGGAAGUCAGAGAUGGACACAAAGCAAGAGGAGGAGCUGAACAAAACCCUGCAGCGCCACGAGAAGGACCACUUUCUGGGUCCAUUUGUUGGCCUGAGCCCAGAGUACAUGGAGAUGAUCAUCCAGUUUGGAAUGGUGACUCUUUUUGUGGCUUCUUUCCCUCUGGCGCCACUCUUUGCUCUUCUUAACAACAUCAUUGAGAUUCGCUUGGAUGCCAAGAAGUUUGUUAUGGAGCUGCGCAGGCCAAUUGCAGCCAAAGCCAAAGACAUUGGUAUCUGGUACAACCUCUUGAGAGGCCUCAGCAAGGUAGCAGUCAUUGUCAAUGCCUUUGUCAUCUCCUUCACCUCUGACUUCAUCCCUCGACUGGUCUACCAGUACAUGUACAGCCCUGACGGCACCAUGCAUGGCUUCAUCAAUCACACUCUGUCUUACUUCAAUGUCAGUGACUUCCAGCCAGGCACAGAACCCUUGCAGCCAAUGCACCUGGGCUACCACGUAGAAAUAUGCAGAUAUAAGGACUAUAGAGAGCCUCCCUGGUCCAGCACGCCAUAUGAACUCUCUAAGGAGUUCUGGGCCAUUCUGGCAGCCCGCCUUGCCUUCGUCAUUGUCUUUCAGAAUGUGGUGAUGCUUAUGAGUGACUUUGUGGAUUGGCUGAUCCCAGACAUCCCCAAGGACAUCAGCCUCCAGAUCCACAAGGAGAAAAUCCUCAUGGUGGAGCUCUUUAUGAAGGAGGAGCAGGGCAAAAGGCUUGCAGCGCGCGACAACCACAACCAGGACAACUUCACCUCCCCCUCAUCAGCUGAUCAGAGCCCGCCACAGCCCCGCUCACGGCCUGUCUCACACGCUAACUGCUAUUAAGGUGGUAGCUGCUGAGGUCUGAGGAAACGAGCACUAACAGCGACAAGCAAACACUAAUACCUGUAUACAAACAUAAGUUAAUCAGCUGGUUAUAGCUAGCUGGUAAAGUUUAAGACAGUUAUCCAUUAACACAUGAUCAGUUUGCAAUAAUUAGCCAAGCUUUUGCUACAUUCACAUGGUUUGGGAGUUUCCAGUUGAAACCUUUGAAAUAUUCACAUUAGAAUUCCCUCAGCUGAGAAACUGGCUAUUCUCCUCCUUUUAACACAUUUCCCAUGUUAAUUUGUUACAUUUUGAGCAUUUAAACAAAAAUCCAGAAAGUAGUGAGACAGUACUUGGAUUUAUGACCACACAACAUUAUUUAUUACAUGUAACUGAAAGGAACAAGCCAUUAGCUUCAGUUGAAACUGUGGACAUUUACUUAUUAAUGAGAACAUUCAGGAUGCCUGAGAAAAUCUGCUACCUAAUGUGAAUCAUAUUGUCAACCUGCCACCUCUCCCACGGGACCUAAAUGCAGCUUUUGUACUGAAGACAGCCUCUGCCAAUCCGUCCAGAUGGUUCUGCUGAGAAGAGUUUCCUCCUGGUGUCUUACUGGUGCAGUGCAACACCAAUGGAGAUCCUUCCUCUUGCCAUCAAUAUGUAAAACUCAGACUUGCCCUUUUUUUCAUUAUUUUUGCACAAUUCUGUACAAAUACGGGAAUCUAUUGACACAUUUUUUAAUAUGCAACAUCGUCAGACACGUGCUUUGGUUGUUGGGAUGAAAAGCAGGCUUUGGAGGAACUUCUGUGUCAAACAGCCUGUAAAUCUGUACUAUUUUGUUGUGUGAGCAUCAUAGUGCUCAUUAUUACAUUUGUUAAAUUUUUAGCAUGAACAAACAGGCCAACAGUGCUUAGUGGCAUUAUUCCUGGAAGCACAAGUCACAUUAUUAUUCACUCUAAUUAACUGGAAUUUGGCAAUUGGCAAGAUUUACGGUAUAAAUACAAAGUGAUGUCAUGAUGUCAUGCUCCAUCUCACCUAGCUGAGGUGCUGCAGAUACUGUCAGUGCCAUUUCCCCUUACUAACAUAUGAUACCAGGUAUGGAGAGACAUGUUUCUACACACUGUUAAAAAAAAUUAACAUAAUUCCAACAGUGUUUAAAGCUACAUUAACUGAUCUUUUUUUCUUCAGCAGAACAAGCUUAAAAAUGAAGACAUAUCACUGACAUAUUAUCACCUUAUAAAAUUGUUGUUGUGCAUCUGUACUGACACAUCCAGUACAGAUGCACUUUCAUUUGGAGUGCUUGACUCCAGUGUUCAUUUUCCUUUUAAUUCAGGCUGACAGAUCUUUGAUCUCUAACUUGUAACAAGCUAAUUGCUAAUUUUAUCUGUCUGUUGUUUGGUAAUGAGCAGGUAGUGUACAGUCAGAAACCAGCUGCCUGCUGCUGCUUUGCAGGCCAAAAAAACAAAACAAUGACCUGAAAGACAUUAAAAUACUGUGAGGAACUAAUGACAGCUGCAGAAUUGUUGAUCAUUCUCUUAAAGUUUGUUUUUAAAAAUGAUCAGUGCAACUAUAAAGCCAUUACAAUCAACAUGACUAAAUAAAUGAUAAUGUUUCUCUGUGUGUGGUAGAUGCGUAAAUAUCAUACCAACCUAAAAGGUGAUAAUAUGACGGUGUUCUCAAAUUCAUUCAUAUCUUUGUCAAGAUGCUCAGCUUUAGAGUGAAAUCCUUCUCCCUAUACAGCAGUUGAUAAUGGUAUUUUAAAAUGGAAGCUGACUACUCAGUGUAGACAGUCAGCACCAAUAAAGGAAAUGAAAAUGUUCAUUUCAAAUGUAUGUUUAAUCAUUUAUCGCUCAGGUGUGAGGAGAGAUUUACAGCUGUGCACUGACAAUUGAACUUAUUGUACUCAUGUUUAAAGUCAUGUGUGUGUGUAAACAGUGUGUGCCAUCAUACUCCUAUAAUGUCUGUCAGUGUGAGAUUCUGAUUUAAAGGGACUUUGUUUUUGUUGUUUGUUUGUUUGUUUGUUUGUUUUUGCUUUGGUUUUGUUUUCCAUUGAAGUGGGAAUUUUUUGAUGUCUCUGGAAAGGAGUGCUAGCAUCUUGCUUAAGGGCACCACGGUGACAGUUGUCAAGUGAAGGGACAGCGUUACUGACUCUCUUACCCUGCCUUAUAUUCUGCUAGCUGCUCCAGAGAUUCAAACAGUCAAUUGGUCAUCUUCUCUAAACCAUCACCAGCUCAUUUAAGAUGUCCAUUUAGCAGUUUUUAUACAAAGGGACACAGUGUAUCAGUCAAACCUGGAAAGGCAGCACUGUUUGAAUACUAUUAUCUUGCCUUAUAUUAACCUUAUAAAUCAUUUGGCAUUUUCCUAAAGUUGCAACUCUCAAACUGUUCAAGCACAAAGACUGAAUAAUAUAUAUUUUUUGUAUCUAUCAAAUUGUAAAAACAUGUGGGAGUGACUGGAUAUCACUUUGAAGAAUGUAAAUGUACUGUAGACUGAAAUGUGCAGUCACACGUACAGUCUACAGUCAUCAUUGUGUCAAAUCCUGCCCCCUGCUGUAUAUAUUUUGAACUACCCCAAAUUAAAGCCCACAACCCAGACUGAUAGAAUGUAUUAUUACAUUUUUAAUUGUCAGUGAUGUAUAAUCACUUUUAGGUCAAAAUAUUGUAUAUCUGCUUAUUCUUUGUUUGAUUUUUAGUUUAUGACAAUGCAUUUCUAAGUGUAUCUAAGGUGUUGAAAGGGUUUUUAUCAGCCCACUGGGGGACCACUGAUCUACCAACAAGAGACUUUUCACAAUGACGGCGAUAUACUUACUUUAACUGUCUUGAUUUUUAGUCUUUAUUUAAUGUACUAGAAACCAUCAAUAUUUCAUUAUAGCUGGAAGGAUGCCCAGGAAAAAAUCUUCUGAUGCGGUCUACAGAGACAUUUUAUCACAGUAGACUUUACUUCUUUCUGGGAUAUGACUUGCUUGUUUGACAAAAACUUCACAUUUAAUUUUUAACUUUCAAAUCUUAAUAUUGUUAAUACUGUGUAUGUAAGUAGGGUUAGUGUUGAUAUUCAGUGAUAGAUUACCAAGAAUAUUUCCCUUCAGAAUCUCUUAUAACCUGACGUCACAUGUGAAUCCCCUCCUUCUUUUUGCUUUCAGCUAACUUCAAAUAAAUGACCAUGAGCUAC